AUGGAAAAGGAUCUUCGACUCUCUGAAGAAGGCUCUAAUGCUGGAAAAUGUGGAAGCACAGAGAAAAAGAGUUCAAUCAGCAGCAAAGUGGAUACACUCAGUUACAGAAACAAUGAGUACAAUUUAGGAACAGCUGAAAGACCAACUUUGAUGUCUAGAAGAAGGAUUCAUGGAGAUGAUCUACUUGACCUCCCAGAUGGAGAGUUAUUUAAAAAAUCCUUGAAACUGUUUCAGCAACUGGUUGACAAAACAGUGGAUCGGAAAAGGGAGGAAAGAUUAGGUCUGCGUGUAAAGGAUUCUGAUGAAGUGGAUUAUGACAAAUUCUUUGAUGCAGUAAAGUGUCUGUUUGGACCAGAUGUCAAAGCCCAAGAUGUUAAAACUUUCUAUAGGAAGAUUAGCAACAACCCAGAUGCGCGGACAGAAUGGUGUGAGAUCUUUGGAUACUACAUGGUGGAAGGUGAUAUUCUUGCUGCCCAGCUGGAUGAAGAAAAUAUGGUUUUCCUGAUAUCCAAAAAGCAACGGAUUGCAAAAACAGGAGUCAAGAGAAGUGAUGUAAUUCGUUGCAUGGUAAAGAUAACUCAACUUGAUUUUUUGCUAACAGCAUCUCAGAAAGGAAUGUUGUCUAUUUUUUCUGGCCAGAUGCGAAUACUAGCAAGCACCAGCAUCCCAGACAGUUCCUGGAUCACUGGAUGUGACUACCUUGGUCAAUUGAAGCGUGCUGUUGGUGUGACAGAAAGAACUAUCAUCAUAUGGGAUUAUAAAACACAAGGGAGUGCCCUGGAUAACUGCUGUAUAAUCAAACCCAUGGAACAUUGCCUCCUUUCUGUUUCUGCCAUUCCUCGGCCAUCAGAAAUUCUAGUGAAGGAUGACAUCUUGCUGGGGGAUGAUGGUGGAUUUGUUACUUUGUUUACACUUACCAGUGACGACUUUGGUCUAAAACAAACUAAAUCUAAAAAGAUGUUGCACAUGUUGAUAAUAGAUUCUAAGAACUUCAAAAGCAUUAGACGUAAACUGCAUGAUGACUGGGUUUUAAAAGUAAAAUAUAUUCCAGCUUUGAAUUGUUUUGGAUCCUGUUCAUUGGAUAGCAUUCAUUCAUUGGUUUUGGAUGACCUGAAAAGAAUUGAAGACAAUUUACCUGUCCGGGAAUUUUCAAUCCCGAGAGGUGUUAACACUUUCACGUAUUGUGUAAAAGCCAAUAUCGUCGUUACAGGAGGAGAAGACAAAAUUAUUCGUUUAUGGCAUCCAAACAUCAACACCAAACCAGUGGGAAAAUUGAUGGGACAUUUAUUUAGUAUUGUAGAGAUUGUCACCAAUGAAAAGGAUCAACACAUUAUCACCCUUUCUACUGCAAAGAUUUUCAGAGUGUGGGAUAUCCAGACGCUUUCAUUGAUGCAAGUGUUCCAUGACGUUCAAGGGGCACGCAGAGAGUCACAAAUUUUUGCUAUGGUAUUUGAUAAUACCCACGGAACACUUAUUGCAGGAUCGACAGUCAUCGAUAUUUAUCCUCUCACUCGGAUGAUACAAGACACGAAACAAGUUCCCCAGUCCCAUGAAAGGAGCAUCAGUGUGCUGGUUUACAAUAAAGUUUUUCACCAAGUUCUAAGUAUCUGCUCUGAGUCUAUUGUAAAGGUCUGGGAAUUGGAAACAGGGCAGCUAAUAUACCAGAUUGAAGAUGCUCAUGGGCCAGGGGUUGAGUUGACAUGUGCAGCAGUUGAUAAAAAUGGAUUUCAUCUUGCUACUGGAGCAUGUGAUGGGACUGUGAAAUUAUGGGAUUUUGGAAGUGGACAGAUACUUAAAAUGUUGCCCUUGGGCAGGGAAAUCACAGUCAAUGAACAUUGGCUGAUGCAGAUGGUCUACCUGAAAGCCAGUGAGAGUAAGCAUGUGGUCCUGGUCUUGGAGUACAGUGGGCUGAUCAAAAUUGUUCAGGCUAAUCAAGGUGAAGUUUACAUGUCCAUAACUUGGGAACUUCCUGAAGCUGUGUCGUUUGCUUUACAAGGCUAUCCACUCAUUUCCCUAAAACUAUCUCCCAAUGUCAAAAAAAAUAAUGAAUUUUUCCCAGACGUUCAACUACUGCUUGAUCCAGAUCUCACAAAAACAAAUGUAGAGCUACCUCCUAAGAUUGAAGUGAAGUGCUUUGAUUUGUUAAAAGUAGAAGGUUACAGUUUGUUAGCUACUGCAAGUGCAAAUGGUUCUAUCAUCAUAUGGGAUUUUGAAACUGCCACAGCCAGACAUAUGUUUAAAACUCAGAAUGCUAUUCAUGCAGAUAGACCUGGAUUACUUAAAAUCAACUGCUUACUAUUCCUGUAUCAAGAUGUUAUCACUGAGAGCCAUAUAAGUGAAUGUUCCUCCUAUUCAGAAGCACAGGGCGAGGAUAUGCCUACACAGGAAACAGAAGAUAAUGUGUCAGUGUUAAAGCUGAAUAACGUUGUAAGAGACACAGUUGGUACAACUCUUUCAGAUACUUCCAUAAUCAAAGGAGCAAUACCCAAUGUAUUGUCAGUUGGAAAAAAUGAUUAUUGUACUAUACCCAUACUUGCCUCAGCACAUGAAAAUGGUUUCAUUUAUCUAUGGAGCAUUACGGGAGAUCUACUAAAAGAAAUUCUGCCUUACACAAAACAUCCUCCAAUUCCUUUGACAGCACUUUGUGUUGAUGGGGCUGCCAAAAUGCUUUUUGCUGCUAACAAAGAGGGAAAUGUUAUUCGAUGGAAUAUUGGCUCAUUCCUGGAAAAUCAAAAAGAUCCAAGCAGGAAGGACAGGCAAGUAAAGCAACAAAUGUGUUGGCGGGCUCAUUCUGCUAAAAUAAUCAGCCUGUUUUGUGAUGAUGAAAAAUGCCUAGUGGUGACUGCCUCCACGGAUGGUUCUGUCAGACUUUGGCAUUCAAUUCGUGGAGUCUACUUUGGCUAUUUUGGACAGCGCAGAUCGUUUGAAAUUACUGAAUCCUCCGAUAUAAUUUUGCCUUGUGAUGUAAAUGAAAUUCCAUUCACAAUAAAAGAAGAAUACAAGUUUAUGGAUAAAAAGCAGAAGUUUGGAUACCCUCUGUUUUUUGACAGGGAAAGAUGGAAGUCUCUGACCAGGUCAUCUUUAAAGUUGAAAAAGCCUAGCCGACAUGAUGUUGAUCUGGAUUUUAAGUUUUUCAAGUCCCUGGCUUCUCCCAAGGUCAAUAAAACCCCUUUGGAAAGUUUCAAAUCUGGAAACAAAGACGCUGGUUUUGUAUUUGGAGCUAUACCAAUCUAUAGGGUUGUAACACCUCCAAAGCUGAAAAUAGCCUCUGCUGAUCUAGAUGGUUCUUUUGAAAAUAUGGGCAAGAGAAGUAAACUUCUUCAAAUUUCCGUGAGUUAA